AUGUCAAAAUUUGUAUUCGUACUUUUGGCAGUCACGGCGAGUGCCGUCGCCCAGCAACAGGGUUUCGGCGGUCAACAGCAACAGCAAUGCGGUUUCAACGGUCAACAAAACGGUAACGGACAGUUCGGCGGUGUCUCCGGUGCUCCACAAGGAGGAUUCGGUGGUCCAACCGGAUCCCCACCACCAUUCCCACCACAAGGAUUCUCUGGUGCUCCACCACAACAGGGAGGUCAACAAGGAGGGUUCGGUGGAAACCAACAAGGCGGUAAUCAAGGAGGUUUAGGAGGACAACAGAACGGAGGAUUCUCUGGUGCCCCACAGCAACAACAGGGAGGAAACCAAGGAGGAUUCGGAGGACAACAGAACGGCGGAUUCUCCGGUGCCCCACAACAAGGUAAUGGAGGAUUCGGUGGAAACCAACAAGGUGGAAAUCAAGGAGGAUUCGGAGGACAACAGGGAUUCUCCGGUGCCCCACCACAACAGGGAGGCCAACAACAAGGCGGUAACCAAGGAGGUUUCGGAGGACAACAGAACGGAGGAUUCUCUGGUGCCCCACAGCAACAACAGGGAGGUCAACAAGGAGGAUUCGGAGGACAACAGAACGGAGGAUUCGGAGGACAAACCAACGCCCCUAACGGACAAGGAUCUCAACAAGGAGGAUUCCGCGGAAAACGCCAAUCCGAGAAUCGCGGAGGACAACGUCCAACCGGAUCCCCGCCAACUGGUUCACCACCAACCGGAAGACCUGAAGGAGGACGUCCACCACAUCAUGAGGGACCAAGACACGGACGCCCAACCGGAUCCCCACCAACUGGUUCUCCACCAACCGGUGUGCCACCAUUUGAGGAAGGACAAGGACCACGUGGAUCCCGUCCGACUGGCAGCCCACCAAAUGGUAGACCAUUGAGACAGAAGAGACAGGAACCAGGCAGUCCACCACCAAGACCAUCGGGAGCUCCUGGAAGCCCUCCACCACCACCUACUGGUUCCCCACCACCACCACCUACUGGUUCCCCACCACCACCACCACAAAACGGAGGAUCCCCACCACCAAGACCAAGCGGUGCUCCACCAAGCGGUGCUCCACCAACUGGAUCCCCACCACCACCACCACAAAACGGAGGAAGCCCACCACCAAGACCUUCCGGAGCCCCAGGAUCCCCACCACCACCACCAUCUGGUGCUCCACCAACGGGAUCCCCACCACCACCACCAAGCGGUGCCCCACCAGCUCCACGUGGAAAGAGACAAGCCGCUGAAUCCCCACCACCGCCACCACCACCAACUGGAGCACCACCUACCGGAUCCCCACCACCAAGACCUUCCGGAGCCCCAGGAAGCCCACCACCACCACCACCACAAAACGGAGGAUCCCCACCACCAAGACCGUCCGGCGCUCCACCAAGCGGUGCUCCACCAACUGGAUCCCCACCACCACCACCACAAAACGGAGGAAGCCCACCACCAAGACCUUCCGGAGCCCCAGGAUCCCCACCACCACCACCAUCUGGUGCUCCACCAACGGGAUCCCCACCACCACCACCAAGCGGUGCCCCACCAGCUCCACGUGGAAAGAGACAAGCCGCUGGAUCCCCACCACCGCCACCACCACCAACUGGAGCACCACCUACCGGAUCCCCACCACCAAGACCUUCCGGAGCCCCAGGAAGCCCACCACCACCACCACCAGCUGGAGCCUCAGGAGCCCCACCAACCGGAUCUCCACCACCACCACCACCGGCUGGAUCCGGAGCCCCAGGAAGCCCGCCACCACCACCAAGCGGUGCUCCACCAGCACCACGUGGAAAGAGACAAGCCGCUGGAUCCCCACCACCGCCACCACCACCAACUGGAGCCCCACCAACCGGAUCCCCACCACCAAGACCUUCCGGAGCCCCAGGAAGUCCACCACCACCACCAACUGGAUCCCCACCACCACCACCACAAAACGGAGGAUCCCCACCACCACCACCACCAUCGGGUGCUCCACCCACUGGAUCCCCACCGACUGGAUCUCCACCACCACCGAAGGGAUUCUUCGCCAAACUUUUCGAUUUCUAA